AUGAUCUUCAUCCUCGUUUACUGCACUGCCAUCUCUGGAGGGCAUAUUAACCCAGCAGUGACGUUUGUCCUUUUCUUAGCCCGUACAGUGUCACUAAUCUGUGCUGUGAUGUACAUCGUGGUAGAAUGCUUGGGUGCAAUGUGUGGUGUAGGGCUAGUAAAGGCCUUACAAAAAUCCUAUGUGCAGUAUGGUUGCGGGGCGAACAAGAUCGCCAAUGGCUACAGAAAAGGUGUGGGUUUGGCAGCUCAAAUUAUUGGCACCUUCGUCCUUGUCUACAUUGUUUUCUCUGCUACUGAUCCCAAGAGAAGUCCUAGAGACUCCCAUGUCCCUGUAUUGGCACUACUUCCAUUUGGGUUUGCAGUUUUGUUCCCCCCUUUGGUGGGUGGCACAACCAGGAUGAUUAAUCCAACUGAGGAGGUAGCUGAGGCAAGGUUGAAAUAUCUGCAGAAGUGUGCUCCAUAUGAAUGGAAAAUUGUUAAAUGA